AUGGAGUGGACAGUACCUGUUAAUGACAUUUUAAAAAAUCAAAUCACAAAGUUAAAUAGCUCAUUGAUCCCACCCGGAUUUCAUGGAGAUGUACGAGCCGUGAGAGUAAUGCAAGAUAGUUUGGCAAAAGUGAUAGACCAUCUUGGUGAACAAUCGGCAAGUGCUCAAGGGUUAAAUAAGGUGAUCACAACUGCGGAGAAGUUACGCAACUCACCGACACACAUCCUGUACCUGUUAAAAGAUAAUAAAGCCCAAGGAGGUAAAGGUGAGGUAAUUGGGCUGCUGAAGGUCGGUCACAAGCAUUUGUUUCUCUUCGACGAACACGACAAGGUCUGCGAGGUGGAACCGCUCUGUGUGCUCGACUUCUACGUGGUACCGGACCGGCAGCGACACGGAUACGGAAAGCUGCUAGUCGAUUAUAUGUUAUUAGAUACAGAAACGUCUGUAGAAAAACUAGCAAUAGACGGACCCUCACCAAAAAUGGAGCAAUUUUUACGCAAGAACUACGGUGUUGACAAAUUAAUGCAUCAAAAGAACAACUUUGCAGUUUCGCCACAGUUCUUUGCCGCAAUACCAGAAAUAAGUAAGUCGCAGCGUAAAGCACCAGUGGCUACUCCUGCAGUCGGCCGCUUUGCCGCUUCCAAACCACACUCCGCUAUUGCCACAGUAAUUCAUGGCGGCGGAAGUACUGCACAGUAUCAACAAACUACUAAUGGCUUCAAGCAUAGCAGACUCGACUGGCACUGACAGGGGAAUACAUUUUUAGUACACUUUUAUGUCAACUUUUAUUUAUGUAUCUUUUAUUUAUGUAUCUUUUAUUUAACUUAUUUUUAUGUAACAGUAAUAUGAUCUUACAUUGUAGCUGUAGAAAAUUUGUUGUCAAUUUUAUGUACAAUAUGAUAUAUAGCAUUGUAGUAACAUAGUGAUUGAAAAAGUUUAUUGAUAUAAUAGCUGAUCGCUUUAUAUAAUAUAAUAGUCGUCUAGGGAGGGUUGGUAAGAUCUAAUCUUUCGUUCAAUGAUAUACAAUAAUAAUAAUACAG